AAUCAGUUUGCCACUUGCCGCCGACUGAAUUGCACGGAAUCUGGUAGAGCAAAUCAAUUUCAACAGAGCGACAUGGAUUUGACCGGCAAAAAUGUGGUUUACCUUGGUGGAUUCGGCGGUAUAGGCCAGAAAUGUGUGCAAGAACUUCUGCAACGGCAAAUAAAGGCUCUAGCCAUUUUUGAUUUGGUUGAGAAUGCCGCGGUCUUGGCUGAGUGGAAAAACAAGAACCCCAACACGGAUAUUUUCUACCAAAAACUGGACAUCACCCAGAAGUCGGAUAUAGAGGCGGCUUAUAAGGCAACCGCCGAGAGAUUGGGUCACUUCGACGUGGUCGUCAAUGGCAGUGGACUAAUGAACGAUCGUCUAAUCGAACUGACUAUUCAAAUUAACCUGCUGGGAGUAAUCAACAGCACUUUGACCGCCUUGGAGUACAUGGAUAAGGCGAAAGGUGGUAGAGGUGGACUCAUAGUAAAUAUAUCCUCGGUGGCCGGACUCCAGCCCACGGCUUUAAUGGCCAUUUAUUCGGCGGCCAAGACGGGUCUUACCACUUUUACUAGGGCAAUGGCUAACCCCAUUUAUUACGCUCACUCUGGCGUUGGCUUCAUUACAAUCUGUCCGGGAUUUACGGAUACUGGACUUUUAGAGGAUAUUGGUAGCAAGACAACAUUCACUUACGAAACUCCCAUGGUGGCUAUGUUCAACAAAAUUCAGCGGCAGAAACCGGAGGACUGCGCUAGGAAUUUGGUACGAGCUAUAGAGACGGCCCAAAAUGGAGCAGUUCUAAUGCUGGAGUUGGGUGAAUCUCAAGAGGUGGAUAUGCCAGUCAUGUGGAAGCCCCAGCUGAGCGAUUAGUUUUUCAUUGUUAUUGCUUCUAAUGUAUAUACACUUAAAUAUGUAAUCUCUUUCAGUUUGUUGGUGAUCUUUAAAUAAAAAUUUAAUCAAGCUUGUUCUAUACUUAA